AUGCACCACUUAAGUCAAGGAGACGAGCUAGAUUCAUAUGACGAAGAUCAACACGCGCAACGUAGAUAUCGUGUACAUUCUACUUUAAGUUCACGGGAAAUGAUUAACUCUCCAAUUUCAGCGGUGGAGCCUGACGAGCGUACACACCUUCUUCAAACUUCAAGGAAACAAGUUCGUAGUUGGACUAGCACUUUUUUGAAACGAACUUUGGUGUUGAAUGUGUUUCCCGUUAUGGUGGUUCUUGCUUGGUGUGCGGUUCCUUUUCCUAACAAUAAUCCUUACAAAGAUCCAGAUAAAAAUAUAUCGUCGGUUGAUUACAUUAAAGAUAAUCUUUUAGCUUAUAAUUCUUCGUCAAACGACACAGAUUUAUCUCAUAUUCCGGCUCCUAAUCCCGAACCUGUAGAAAUCAAUUUUUGGUUUUUCUUAUUUUUCUAUUAUGGCUUUUACAAUGCUAUAGCACUUUUGAUGAUCACAAAAAUAUUUGAUUUAUACUCUCUUAAUUGGUGGCCAAAAUGGCUUGGAGGAUUCUUCGCAUAUUGUGUAUUUUGGCUUAUGUCGCUUGCCAUUGGAAUAUUGAUAUAUUUCUUUACUGGAUUGGAAAAGCAUAACCUAACAUGGGUUAUACUCACGUUUAUGACAAUGAAUAUGCCUCUCAUAGUAGCAUUCAUUGUCAUUCGGUCAGAAAAUCGAAAUACUUAUCGACAUUCACUUACCCUCGCUCAAAAAACAUUUCUUGAACCUCAAUUACUCCAUCGUAUACCAACUUCUUAUCUUAGAUUCUUGUGGUUUUGUACCACAAUAUUUCUUGUAAUCAUAGCAUUCAUAGCUGGUGAAGCCUACGCGUACGUUUUCUUAGUAUCACCAGAAACGCAUUCCGGUAUAGAUGCCUUCGUUUACGUUUAUUCAUGGCUCGCUACCAUUUAUAUUUUAGACACGGUUACAGAUUACAUCCUUGAAACCAAAGUGAGAUCAUAUCCCCUACAAUUCACUUUCAAACUCUACUUUUUUAUGAUCUACUUUAUCUUUUAUCGAAACCUUUUCGCCCGUUUACGUGACCGUGAUACAUAUAUCCUUAUCCAAGCCGCUAGUUCGCUGUGGGUUUGUAUCUUUUAUCCAUUAUGUAUGACACGUACGGUUCACAGAUAUCUCGUAUGUUAUUUUGGACUUCGAAAAGAAUAUGAAGAUUACCGAAGGCAAUGCGGAAGGUCAUUUUUCAUAAGGAAUUUAGCAGAAAAUGCCACAAUGCUUGGAUUCAUUUGUUGGUUAUGUAUAAUAACUUAUGGACCAAAUAGUUCUGUAUACCCGUACUUCAAAUUUAACGAUGACUUGUUCGAUUUUGGCUUAACGAUACGAGCGAGUUUCAUUAUUUGGGCAUUCGAACUUGCAAGUUCUGCAAUAACACGAAACAUUUACAAGCGAGUAUUUAAUCAUGAUAUAACACGAGAAGCAGUGAUAGAUCUUGAAACAUAUCCUGAAAUGUUAAUUACAAUGAUAGUAAUUAUUAUACAUGUUCUUCAGGUAAAUAAUUCUUUUUAA